UUUCUGUCACAAUUGUGAGGGGGAAAAUCACCCAAAUGAGAGGAAAGUAAAUUGUAUAUGUAUACAAUUAAAAAAAAUACACACACACACACACACACACACACACACAUAUAGUAACAAUCAGCACUAUAUUUGGUGCCCUGAUAAAGCAGCACUUUGUAAAUAUUGGGGCUGAUUUGAGUUCAUUGUUGAUUUUAAUAUCUUGACUUUUGCGCUUUGUCGGUUGGAGCGCAGCAUCAGCCUUCUCCUCCUCCUCCUCCUCCUCCUCCUCGCACACCAUCUGCCGCCUCUUUUUCAAUUUUCAAACCCCGCAGAUUAUCCCGCAGACCUCAAGCUCCAGUUGACGCACAACAACCGAAAGCGCGUCUCGGAGCGCAGCUGCGCAGAAAAGCUGCAGAAACCGGCGCACAGUGUGUUCACAGAGGAGGAGCAGGAGGAGACAGUCUACAGGAGCGAUUUGAACUAAGCACCGGAUAACAGACCGUGCAUCCUCCGGUGGGGAGGAGGGAGGAGGUUUGUGUCUUGGAGGCCGGGGUGAGGAGCAGGGGGAGGAGGAGAAUGAGCUAUUCUUGUACCAGAGGCAGCAGCCCGGACCCAGCAGCCGCUAAUAAUCCCGCCAGAGACACCGGAGACAGCGGCGGCCCGCAGCACCACACGGCGGUGAUGAAGGUGAAGAAAGGCUGCGGUCCGGCGGAGCCGCCGGUCCCGGUCACCACCGAGGAGGACCUGCUGGGCAGCGCCGUCAUCAGCCCGGAGGACGUGCUGGGUCUGCAGAAGAUCACCGAGAAUUAUCUGUGCAGCCCGGACGAGAACGUUUUCAACAUCGACUUUACCAGAUUUAAGAUCAGAGACAUGGAGACGGCCACGGUGCUGUUUGAGAUCACCAAACCUCCGUCUGCAGACAAAGGGGAGAAGAGAGACAUUGACCCGAACGCGGGCAGAUUCGUCCGUUACCAGUUCACUCCGGCUUUUCUCAGACUGCGGCAAGUCGGAGCCACCGUGGAGUUCACAGUGGGAGACAUGCCGAUAGAAAACUUCAGGAUGAUCGAGAGACAUUAUUUCAGAGAGAAGCUGCUCAAGAGUUUCGACUUUGAGUUCGGCUUCUGCAUGCCGAGCAGCAAGAACACCUGCGAACACAUCUACGAGUUCCCGCCUCUGUGCGAAGACCUCAUCAGAGAGAUGGUCCUGCACCCGUACGAGACACAGUCCGACAGCUUCUACUUUGUGGACAAUAAGCUGGUGAUGCACAACAAGGCUGACUACUCAUACAACGGCGGCACGUAGAGACCAGAGACACGCCAGAGACACGCCAGAGACAGAGGACAGACAGACUUCUGCACACACACAAACACAUACGGACAGAUCAAGAGUGUUUUUGGGGAACCAGCAAAUGAGAAACUUUAUAUCAGGUGGUUUUCAUCAUGUGAAGUGAAAAAGAGAAAACUUUUAAUAGAAAUUAUUUUUUUCAUUCCUGUACAUGUUAGAGUUUAAGAACAAAUACUGAAAACGUGUUUAGGACUUGAUUUUAUUUAGUGAGCAUGAUAACUGGUAAAAAUAUUUUAAUUUAAAUGUAAAUAAUAGAUUUUUAAAUCUACAUUUUCUACACAGUAAUCAGUUCAUCUUCGUCCCUUUUGUUCUUUAUUUAUUUUGAGUCGUGUAACCUGAACUUGUGUUUUUAUCGUCUUCGCUCAAAGCACAACGUCUCCUCAGAGCCGACCAAUCAGAAGCCUGUAAAGUUAAAGGUUAAGUGAAAGAUUGGAAACAUUAUCAUCAGUGAACUAGUUGUACUUCUGCAGCCUUUUGUUUCUGUGAUAAAGAAGUUAUUAAAACAUUUUCUUUAAAUGUUGAUAUUUUUCAGUCAGAACUGUGUCGCAAAAAAGAGAAAUAUUUAAGGGAAUGUAGCAGAAAUCACCCUUAAAUAAUUUAUAUAUAUAUAUUUAUGUUUGUUUGUGUGUCCUUUUCAUGUCUCUUCUGUUUGUUUGUUUGUUUCUCUGUUUCCUGAUUUCUGUCUCAUUGUUUUCAGACACAUUCCAGUGAUUUAGGACCUGACUGAGCUGAUCUCGGGUUAUUUUAGGGAAUUUUUCACAGAGAAUCAGUAACUGAGCUGUUUUGAGAUGCCUCUAAAUUAUAAUAUGCACAAUUUUCUGUAUGUGCUGAGACCUGCUAAACAUGCUGAACCUGAACAUGCAGCAUUUCUGCAGAUAUUCUGUCCGAUCUAAUACACCUUAAAGUCAGUAAAGUGAUUCUACUUAAAGUGCAUUAAAUCAGUUUAUCUGCAGUGUGUGAAGAACUGCAGUCAGUUUAAAAUAAAUCACUUUAAUGCCAAGUGGAGCAUGAGAAAAAAUAAAACCCUCUGGUGAUCUUUUAUCCAUAGUUACAGGUUUCCAUCCAAAAUUGCGAAAAAAAAUAAUGCAAAAGAAUGUUUUUUCCAUCCACUGCUUUUAUAUUAUUAGGGAAAAAAAGGUUUUGCCAGGAUUAUAUUUCCACUUUUCUGUAUUUAUUUUGGUUUGUUUGUUGUUGUAAUAUUCAUUUUGGCCACAAGAGGCAGAAGUUGAUGUUCUCUUCUCGGUGGCAAGUGUACAGGGUUCCUGCUGAGUCAAUACAUUCAUUAAACUAAAAUUUAAAAAAGGCCUUAACUGGUAUGAAAAUGUCUCAAAAUGAAUUUUCAAAAAGUCUUUAAAAUAGUAAGGUACGGAAAGGAGGAUUUUAUUAUUAUUUUUCCAGAUGUUGCAAUGUAAAAUUUUGAAUUAAUUGGAUACAUCUAUCAUGGAAAAUAUCUAUUUAACCAGAUUUUGCAGCAGGCUGAAUGGAGUAGAAGACUAUUUCUAUGCUAAAUGUUUUUCACAUUUACAAGACAGGAAUGAAGGAAACACAAGUUUUAUUUCCCAGUUCUGUUCCACACUCAUGUUUUAUGUUAUAAUAAACAUUCAGGCAAAAUAUUCCCUUGUCAUUUGUUUUUUCUUCAAUUUGGGUUGUAAAAAUUGUACUUAAUUUUAAUUCUGAGUGGCAUUAUUUUUUUUCUUAAAAGUGUUAAAUCUAAGUCACCUGAAGCUGCAGGAACCCUGAUUUAUUUUAUUUAUUCUUUUAAGUUAUUUUUCAAAAGUUUUGGCAGGUUUUCUUUCUUUUAAAAAAUUAUAUAAAAUCAAGUUGGUUGUAAUAUUCAUUUUGGCCACAAGAGGCCAACGUUCAUUACUACCCGAUUUUUUUUAAUGAUUAUUGAAACAAACACAAAUAAAAUUCAACUGGCAAAACUUUCACAGAUCAGAAAAAUCAAGAAAUUAUUAAUUACAAUUAUUCUGUCAAAACUGAUCUUAAGCCAUAUAAACAGAAGACAAAAUCAUUUAACUUCAACUAAGAAAAUGAAUCACCAGAAUGUUUUUUUAAAUUAAUGCAAUGAUUGUCGUCAAAGAAAUAACCUUUUCUUGCACAAUUUGUUGAUAUUUGAGGAAAUAAAGAAAAAAUAAAUGAAAAUAAUGUUUUCAUUUCAUUUCUUUUUUUCUUUAUGCGCUAAAUGUGGUGACGUGGAUCAGACUGACUUGAAUGUUUUGUCAUAAAACAUAUUAGAUAUGUUGAGCAGAUUUAUUCAUGUUUCAUGUACAAAUUAUUUUGAACUGAUGUGAAAUUAAAAAGGGACUUUUAAAAA